AUGUUAACUAAACAAUUCCUUUAUAAAUAUUCAUCAUAUUCUCAAUUACCUAAAACAACACGUGAAUCAUAUACAUUACUUCGGGAAUUACUUCGUCUGAAAUAUAAAUAUCCACUUCCUAUGAGAUCAAAAUUUGCACACAAUGUUAAAGAAGCCUUUUCAGUAGUAUCACUCUUCGGAACAGAACAAGAACAACAACAAUUAUUAUCAAAUAUGUUAACUCAUGAUUUACCUUUUUUAAAGAAAUUAACUACUCUACCUGAACACGCUUAUCAAUUAUUUGAUAAAAGAUUAUACUCUCCUGAAUUAUAUAUACAUAAAAAUAAUGAUAAUAAUAAUAAUACAAAUUAA